AUGGCAAUGGCAUCAUCCUCUAUAAUUUCGAAUAAUGCAAUAACACAACAUACUACACCAGUAACAGGAGUUAACGGUACUGCUUCUAAUCCAACAUUAAAUUCUGCACAUUUGACACGCAAGCGUUCGUACGAAACCGCUUUGACAGAAACUGUAUAUAACGCCAACCAAAUUGAGAAAGAACACAACGCAACAAUGAAACCUCCUUCAUCCUUAAGUGAAUCCACGUCAACAACAGCAUCUCCCGUAAAUACAGUGGGUGGAUCAAAGGAUUACACGCGCACAGUCUCGCAAAACGAUGUCGAUGACAAUGAAAAUAAUGGUAGCAGUAUUUCAUCGGAUAAAAUCACAGCGGAAACAUCAGCCAGUCCGGUUAAAAAGAAAUACCUAGCACCAAAAAAUUUGCAAAAUCUACCAAGUGUAAGCAGCGGAACUUCGGAUAUACAAACCAUUUGUAAGCCAGCGCCCUUUUCCACCGAUGAAGAAGCAGUACAGGAACGCGAGCGAUGCGAUUACACACAAAAAAUUACAUACCAAAUGGCUCGCAGUGGUCAAUCGAAUAGACGCGUACGCGUCUACGCGGAUGGUAUCUACGAUCUUUUCCAUCAGGGCCAUGCUAGACAACUAAUGCAGGCUAAAAAUAUAUUUCCUAACGUUUACCUAAUUGUUGGUAUUUGCAACGAUCAACUCACACACAAAAUGAAAGGCCGAACUGUUAUGAAUGAUUUUGAACGGUACGAAGGUGUACGGCAUUGCCGCUAUGUCGAUGAAAUUAUUGCGAAUGCACCUUGGACAUUAACCGAUGAAUUCAUUACUGCUAAUAAAAUAGAUUUUGUAGCGCACGAUGACAUUCCAUACACAGGCGAAGGAGUUGAUGAUAUUUAUGGCUGGCUGAAAGCCAAAGGCAUGUUUGUUGCAACUGAACGCACAGAAGGCGUUUCAACUUCCGACAUUGUGGCGCGAAUCGUUAAGGACUACGAUUUGUACGUCAGGCGCAAUCUCGCACGUGGUUAUUCGGCCAAAGAUUUAAAUGUUUCGUUUUUAUCGGAGAAAAAGUUCCGUUUACAAAAUAAAAUGGACGAACUGAAGGACCGUGGUCGACGUGAAUUGACAAAAGUUAAGGGAGAUAUAAUCACGAAAUGGGAAGAAAAAUCGCGUGAAUUCAUCGAUGCUUUCCUAUUAUUAUUUGGGCGUGAUCGUCUUAACACACUGUGGAACGAAUCCAAGGGAAAGUUAAUUCAAGCAUUGAGUCCACCAGGAAGUCCUAGUGGUUCGGUGAAUGGGGACUAUCUCGAAUAUGAUGAUGAUGAAUAUGACGACGUUUUGGGUGACGACGAAGAAGCUGACGAUGGGGCCGCGUCCCGAGGCUCAAGUGAUAAUUGCCCAGACCCAAAUAUGCACAUGGAACAUUCUCCGCGAGGUAGACGCACUUAUCACCGGCGUGUGGUAGACAGCCCCACAAUGCUGCCCAAAUCUUCUCAGCCCUCUCUGGACGAUGAUGACAUCGAAUUCGAGCGUCGAAGUAACUAA